CUUUGUUUUGAUUUCAUCAUGUUCCCGAUUUCUAGGUUAUGUGUAGUGUAUACUUUUACAGUUUUUAGUCAUCUAUUGAGAUUGGAUUCCUUGGCAGUGGGUGAUGUGUUUUAAACAAUAGCCACUCGCAUGUUCAGUAAUUUUAUUGUCUUUUAUAAACGUUUUUCUCUGUUGUUUAAGACGUUUACUAUCAUCGGUGACAUUUCAUAUACGCGAUGACAGAUAAGAAGCAUCAAGAUGACAUUGGAAGCCUCUUUGGAGGCAUCACUUUCUUCGCCAGGAGCCAUCCUGGCGAAAUGUGUGGCAGUAAUGGCCUGCCAUUGACGCCAAAUUCUAUAACUAUUUAUGGAAGAGCACAGUUUCUCAAAACGAUCAAACAUCCGCAUUUGUGCACAUACGUGGACAUAAUAAGAGGAAAACAUGAGAGGACAAUGGUGGUGUGUCAGUAUCAUCCCAAACCUUUAAGUGGACAGUUUCUUCCACUUCAUGCAUUACAGAAAUUUACUAUGCAAAUAGUUGAUGCUUUAAAUCACCUGAAUACUUUGCGAAUUGUCCAUCGAAGUCUGUGUCCAGAAAACAUAUUAGUUGAUGAUAAAGGAGAUGUGAAGCUCUUCAAUUAUGGACUUUAUUACAUGACUGGAGAAGGAACUGAUGUUUCUUUUCCCAUAGGCCAUCCAAAAUACAUGGCUCCAGAAGUGUUACUUGGUGCACAGUCAGGACCAAAAGUGGAUGUUUGGUCAUUAGGUAUGAUACUACUUGAACAAGCUAUGGGUAAAACACUUUGGGCUGGUUUACGCCUGGCUCAGUGGCUAAGAAAGGUUCUUAGUUUGCUGCAUUGUCCUAGUGUUGUGGAGAAGAUAGCAAGAGAGCAUAACUGCUGGGAACAGUUACAACAGACAGUGCCCGCUGAUUUUCUAGACCUUCUGUCCAAAUGCCUGAAUAUAUACACAAGUCAACGGCCAAUGCCUCGUCAACUGAUGUGCCAUCCGUACCUUAAAAAUAUUGAACAGAAAUCUGUUACGGAAUCUGUUCCACAAUCUAGACCACACCCUCUGCUGGAAAGGCCCCUAAAAGAGCUGUACCAUUUGUGGAGACUGGCAGGCGGUGAUGUACAGGCAGAACUGCGAAAGCAGGGUCUUAUACGUACAAAACCUCCAAUUCUAUCACUUCCAAGUCUGGUGAUACUGGAAGGCACGGUGUUUGGACAGAUCAGAGAUCGAACUUCAAUGCUGGAUUUACGUGUUGUUCCACUGCCUUUGGACACACUUGUUCAGAGACUGGCACAUGUACCACCAACUUCAUACUACCCUCUAAUUGAAGUAAAGUCUGACAUUAUUGGUGAAGAUCCACAGCCAGAUGCUGCCAAUUUACCACUUGUUAUCCGAGAACGAGACACAGAGUACCAGCUUCAUCGGAUACUUUUGUGUGAUAGGUUACUUGAAGGGUACCCAUAUAAGAAAGCUGCGCUUAUUAAGGAAGCUCGCAAAGAUAUUCCACCUCUGUUCCGUGGUGAUAUGUGGGCUGCUGUGUUGGAAGUCGUAGGUGAUAUUCAGGGCCGUUACACAGCAAUUGAUAAGGAAACGCCUACACAUACAGACAGACAGAUCGAAGUGGAUAUUCCACGCUGCCACCAGUAUGAUGAACUCCUGUCCUCAACGGAGGGUCAUAAGAAAUUCAAGCGUAUAUUGAAAGCUUGGGUGGUAAGUCACCCACAGUAUGUCUAUUGGCAGGGAUUGGAUUCUCUUUGUGCACCUUUCUUGUAUCUCAAUUUUAAUAAUGAAGCUCAAGCUUAUGCUUGUCUCUCAGCAUUUAUACCAAAAUAUCUGCACAAUUUCUUUCUGAAAGAUAAUUCAGCAGUAAUACAGGAAUAUCUUGCAAAAUUUUUCCAUCUAAUAGCAUUCCACGAUCCUGAACUUGCAAAUCAUCUUGCUGGUAUAUCAUUCAUACCUGAAUUAUUUGCAAUACCAUGGUUUCUCACAAUGUUUUCACAUGUAUUUCCAUUGCACAAAAUCCUUCACCUCUGGGACAAACUGCUGCUUGGAGAUGCUUCUUUUCCACUUUUUGUGGGCUUAGCAAUAUUGAAGCAACUGAGAGAUACAUUACUAACUUCAGGCUUCAAUGAAUGUAUUCUGUUGUUCUCUGACUUACCAGAAAUAGACAUGGAACGUUGUGUUAAUGAUUCAAUUGAGAUGUAUUGCAACACGCCCCGUAGUGUUACCUACAGACAGCACGAGUUGCCAGUAAAAACUGAAACAAAUGUGAACCCUGAUCUGGAGAUGAGCCCAAUUCCAUUAUCUGAGCUGCAGAAAGAGUUCUGUCCUCGUAUAAGUGCAGCCAAUUUAUUAGAGCUAAUGGACAUAAAGCAAAACAAAUUUUCAAAAUCAAAAGUUGUUGUUGUGGAUGUGCGACCUCCAGAUGAAUACAACCGAGGUGCAAUUCCAUCAAGUAUCAAUAUUCCAUUUUCAACUGUAAAUUUAUCAGAGAAUCAGUUACCUCCAGGGCCUGAGAACAGUAUUCUUCAUAGUCACAAAGGCAAGGUUAUUACAGUGGUUGGAUCACGUGGACCAAAUGCUUCUCAGUUUGCACACAUGUUGGUUCAGUGUGGGUUUCCACGAGUCUGCGUCCUGCACGGCGGAGUACAGGUGUUGCGUUCUUCCAACAUUUUGUUGGUUCCAGGAGCCAUGUGACGGCACAACAUGGCACUUGCAAAGUGCGAUAGUUGCUGAAUUCAUGUGAUACAUUAUUG